UUAAGUGUUAACAAAAUUGCCUGUCAGAAAAGUACUUUUCAUUUGCUAAUAAUAAUAUGCUUGGUCUUGUAUAAUCAGCUUCAACAUAAAAAACGUAUUUAUAAAUAAAUAUAAAAAUCCCCUUCAAGGUCUAAAAAAGAAAGAGUUACAAUUUAUUUUUAAUCAGGCGCUCUUUGAACACCCCCUCCCCACCGAUGGGAAAAACUUGUUGAUGUUGAGUUGGCAGAUUGGCUUUAACGCGAUUUAGCUCCACAAACAGUCUGUCUGUAGAGUUUGCGGAGAUUCGAAAAAAAUAAUGUUAAAGUUUGCCAAUUUGUUAUAAAAAACAACCAGUUAGCGUUUUAUGGAGUCGCUACGGAUCACUAAAGCCGUUUAAGCAGCUAAUCUAUUUUAGUAUCUGCACCUUAUCUGUUUAAUUAAGGGACAUUCUUCAGCAUGACACUAAGAAAAGUGAACGUGAUCAUCCUCCUGUUGGUUGGUGUGGCCUUUCUGAUCAUAGUUCAGCGAAACCUCCUCAAACUCAGCGACCUUUUGCACAAGGAAAAUCCAGACUCUGGGUUGAUUCUUCCGUUUGAGGGAGAGCUGUCCCCGGACCCAGAGCCACAGCGGAGAGGAGAGGAGAUCCCCGUUCUGCUGACCGCUGCUGAGGACAGACUUGGAGCUGUGGUUGCUGCCAUGAACAGCGUCUACCACAACACCAAGGCCAACGUCGUCUUCACCGUGGUGGCCCUCAACGGCACAGUCGACCAUCUGAAAGAGUGGCUGAGUAAGACAAAGCUGAAAAAGGUCAAAAUUAAGAUUCUUGUUUUUGAGCCUUCACUCUUCAGUAGUAGGAUUUCCAAAGACCCUCAGACGCUGGAGACUUCAAACCUAUUGACUUUUGCCAGGUUUUAUCUUCCCGCGUACAUACCAGGGGCAGAGAAAGCCAUCUAUCUGGAUGAUGAUAUUAUUGUACAAGGAGACAUUAAAGAACUUUAUGACACCAACUUGAAAGCAGGACACGCAGCUGCCUUUUCUGAUGACUGCGACUCAGGAUCGUCCAAAGGGAUCAUUCGAGGGGCGGGAAACCAGAACAACUAUAUAGGUUUUUUGGAUUUUACAAAAGAUUCCAUAAAGAAGCUGGGGAUGCGGGCCAACACGUGCUCCUUCAACCCCGGGGUCAUCAUCGCCAACCUGACGGAGUGGAAGACCCAAAACAUCACCCAGCAGCUGGAGCACUGGAUGGAGCUCAACACGCGGGAGGAGUUAUACAGUAAAAACCUGGCUGGAAGCAUCACCACUCCCCCACUGCUGCUAGUUUUUUACAAACGUCACUCCUCCAUCGAUCCGUUGUGGCAUGUGCGACACCUGGGCACUACAGGAGCUGGAAACCGCUACUCCCCUCAGUUUGUGCGAGCUGCCAAACUCCUGCACUGGAACGGACAUUACAAGCCUUGGGGAAGGUUGUCUUCCUUCACUGACGUCUGGGAUAAGUGGUUCAUUCCAGACCCCACGGGGAAGUUUCAACCAGUGCGAAGACACGCAGACUGAGAGGGGACGUCUGUCGCGGUCCGAUCCCAAAAGGAGUCCAGCAUUGCUGCUUGUAUCUCAGGGACAGAGACAGCUCAGCCAGCCUUGUUUAUUUGCCAAAAUGAAUGUUUCUCUUGACCUCGACUUACAUUCCUGAGAAACUCUUUGGUGAUGAAGACUGUUUGACAUUCUGAGAUGCUUUAAUGUUCUCCACUGAUGCCUUCACAGACUGCCUAAAGAAACAUCAAGAUCUUUUAAAUUAUGGCCCGAAUAGCUGGUUGGGUUCAGUCCUGUUGGAAUCUCAGUUGCCUCCACCGUCGGUUGAUCUGUUAUGUAGCUUCAUUUAUCUGUACGAGUCUCAAGUUUAUGCAAACCACUAACCAAACUUCAACAAACUGUUUGCACAAGAUGCUACACACUACACAAAGAAUUGUAUUGUUUUUUCCCAAAAAGCAGUGACCUGUGUCUAAAUGUCAUUUAUACAAUAAAUGUUUUGCAAACAACCCCA